AUGAGUAUCUACAUGAAAGCGUGCUACGGCAUCCUGAAGGUCCCCCUCGGGAGCUGGCUGUGCCGGACCUGCGCCCUCGGGGUGCAGCCAAAGUGUCUCCUGUGCCCCAAGAGAGGGGGAGCGCUGAAGCCCACCCGGAGCGGGACGAAAUGGGUCCACGUUAGCUGUGCCUUAUGGAUACCUGAAGUUAGCAUUGGAUGUCCUGAAAAAAUGGAACCCAUUACGAAGAUCUCACAUAUCCCAGCAAGCAGAUGGGCUUUAUCCUGCAGCCUCUGCAAGGAGUGCACUGGGACAUGUAUUCAGUGCUCCAUGCCCGCCUGCGUCACCGCGUUCCACGUCACCUGCGCCUUCGACCACAACCUGGACAUGCGGACUAUUCUAGCAGACAACGACGAAGUGAAGUUUAAGUCUUUCUGCCUUGAGCACAGCACUGGUGCCACCAAGUUGCCCGAAGAGGCACGGACAGAACCUGACCAAGCCCAACUGGACUUGGAGAAGGUCACGCUGCGGAAGCAAAAGCUCCAGCAGCUGGAGGAGGACUUCUAUGAACUCGUGAAGCCUUCAGAGGUGGCGGAGAACCUUGAUUUAAGCGAAUCCCUGGUGGAUUUUGUCUACCAGUACUGGAAGCUGAAGAGGAAAGCAAAUUCCAACAAACCGCUGCUGACACCAAAAACGGAUGAAGUGGACAACUUGGCCCAGCAAGAACAGGACGUUCUCUACCGACGCUUAAAGCUUUUCAUGCACCUCAGGCAAGACCUGGAGAGG